AUUUGGACGAGAGUUCGCCAUAUUGACUUUUCUGACAAAAAAUAUUUUUGUCACUCACUUUUAGGGUGAAAAUAAGUGAUAUAAAGGAUCGCAUCCAAGGAAUGCAUGCCUCUUUCAAGCACAAACAAAGCUCCUCUGCAUGAGCAGAAGAAAAGGGAGGAUUACAACAACCAUAGGAAGAGAAAAACGAACGAAAACCAAGUGUCUCCUUCGAGUCUGCAUCUUCACAAAAAAUUCAGAGACGACGCUGAGUUUGGUACAAUGUGUGACGGUCAAAGACGAGCCAAUUUCUCGGCUUUAACGAGUCCGAGUAAUGGUUUACACAAAAAUGUUUCUCCACUCAUGAACAGCAAGCCUGGAUCGACUAAAAAGCUUAUAAUAAAGAACUUCAAAGAAAAGCCCAAGCUUCCUGAUAACUACCAGGAGCAGACAUGGGAAAAGCUGAAGGAGUCUGUUCAAGCCAUACAUAACAGUACAGCCAUUACAUCAAGUCUAGAGGAACUUUAUCAGGCUGUAGAAAACAUGUGCUCUCACAAGAUGGCGGUAGCGUUGUAUGACCAAUUGAAGGUCGUAUGUGAGCAGCAUGUCAAGAUGAAUGUCAACCAGUUCCUAGUUGACUCAAUUGACAGUGAACAGUUUCUGAAAAUGAUGGAUGCUUGCUGGCAAGACCACUGUAGACAGAUGAUCAUGAUUCGCAGUAUAUUCCUGUUCCUGGACAGAACCUAUGUUCUUCAAAAUUCAUCCAUACCAUCAAUAUGGGAUAUGGGUCUAGAAUUGUUUCGUCAGCAUAUAAUAAGCAACAGAGUUGUCCAGGGGCGUUGUGUAGAUGGCCUAUUGUUGUUGAUAGAAAGAGAACGGAAUGGAGAGGCUGUGGACAGACAACUAUUGAAAAGUCUACUAAGAAUGCUUUCUGAUCUGCAGAUCUACCAAAAUGCUUUUGAAGUGAAGUUCCUUGAAGCUACAGAAAGCUUAUAUGCUCUGGAGGGUCAACGCUUGAUGCAAGAAAGAGAUGUCCCUGAGUAUCUAGGACAUGUUGAGAAGCGUCUUAAUGAGGAGAGUGAACGUCUUCUACAUUAUUUAGACCAGUCCACUAAAAAAUCUCUUGUCGCAUGUGUAGAGAAGCAGUUGAUUGAGAAACACCUAUCAGCUCUACUACAAAAAGGUUUAGAUCUUCUAUUGGAACAGAACAGAACAAAUGAUCUCACUCUACUCUACCAAUUGUUCAGUCGUGUGAAAGAUGGCCUGAAAGAGUUGUGUACUGGGACUGCUGCCUAUAUAAAGAAAACUGGUAGACUAUAUGUAGUUAACCCAGAAGAUGACCAGGAAAAAGAUAAAGAUUUAGUGCAACAGUUGCUAGAUUUCAAGGAUAAGAUGGACACCAUUAUUGCAGUAUGUUUCCAGAAGAAUGAAAAAUUUGUGAAUGCCAUGAAGGAAUCAUUUGAACAUUUUAUAAAUCAGAGGCAGAAUAAACCAGCGGAACUUAUCGCUAAAUAUGUUGACUUCAAGCUACGAGCAGGGAAUAAGGAGGCUACAGAGGAGGAAUUAGAACGACUGCUUGACAAAAUCAUGGUGCUCUUCAGGUUUAUUCAUGGAAAAGAUGUGUUUGAAGCGUUUUAUAAAAAAGACUUGGCAAAGAGGUUACUUGUUGGCAAGAGUGCAUCAGUAGAUGCUGAGAAGUCCAUGUUAUCAAAGCUCAAACAAGAAUGUGGAGGUGGAUUCACUAGUAAACUAGAGGGCAUGUUUAAAGAUAUGGAGCUAUCUAAGGACAUAAUGUUGGCAUUCAAGCAGCACAUGCAAGACAGACAGAGUCCUGGACACAUAGACCUGACUGUUAAUAUAUUAACAAUGGGCUACUGGCCAACUUAUCUCCCCAUGGAGGUUCAUCUACCUGCUGAGAUGAUAAAAUUUCAAGAAAUCUUCAAAAAGUUCUACCUGGGGAAACACAGUGGAAGGAAGCUACAAUGGCAGUCAACUCUGGGACAUUGUGUUCUCAAAGCAAAAUUCAAUGUGGGCAGUAAAGAGCUGCAGGUAUCACUGUUCCAAACACUCUGUCUCCUCAUGUUCAAUGAUGGCGGGGAGUUCAGCUUUGAGGACAUCAAACAAGCCACAGCUAUAGAGGAGGGAGAACUUAAAAGAACACUACAGUCACUGGCCUGUGGGAAAGCAAGGGUCCUCUCUAAAAUACCAAAGGGAAAAGAUAUAGAUAACAAAGAUAGGUUCAUAUACAAUGGAGACUUCAAACACAAGCUGUUUAGAAUCAAAAUCAACCAAAUACAAAUGAAAGAAACACAAGAGGAAAAUACAAAUACGACAGAAAGAGUGUUUCAAGACCGGCAGUAUCAGGUGGACGCUGCUAUUGUCAGGAUCAUGAAAACUAGGAAAACGCUUACUCACAAUCUCCUCAUCAGUGAGCUAUAUAAUCAGCUCAAAUUCCCUGUUAAGCCAAGUGAUUUAAAGAAGAGAAUUGAGAGUUUAAUAGACAGAGACUAUAUGGAGCGAGAUAAAGACAAUUCAAAUACAUACCACUAUGUAGCCUAACAUAAGCUCCACUAGACACAUGAGGAUUGUAAUAUAAGGCCAGGAGGAGGAGAUACGAGGAGUGUUCAAAGAUUAUCAAAGCAGCCACAUGUUCAUCUGAAAUUCUGCACCACUCUACUAUGUCCCUAUGUUUGUAUACCCUAUGAUCAUAUGAAUUUUCCACUCAACCCCUAUGUUCAUCUGGAAUU